AAGGCAGCGGAGGCCGGGGAGGCUGUGAGACCAGGGCGUGGAGGGGAGCCGGUUGUCCUGCUACGGCUGCUGCUGGAGCUGUCCGCGAAGACAGUUUGCACUGAGUGAUUGUGCAGCCCGGGGUCCGGCCCUGGAGGCAGCUGCUCCGGCAAAGGUCAAGCCUGCCCGUCAGGUGACACCCACUCCUGCCUCAGCCCUCCCUCGGCCCCCACCCGCUGCCUGAUGAGCAGGAGACUUGCGAGGACGAGGGCUGCCUAGACCGGCCAGGACCCCUGGAAACCCAGCAAGAGAGAGGUCGAGACUGAGGGGCACCCAGGAACAAGAGGGGACCAGUGCUCCACAGCACCCCCUGCAGUCCGGCACAGAAUGCGUACCGCGGUGGCCAAAGCGAGGUCCGCACCACCGAGCUCCUCGUCACCGGCUUCUACACCAGGGAUAUCGUCCGUGGCAGCCCCCCCACAGGCCGAUCCACGCCGCCACGUGGGACGCAGGAAAGUCUCCUGGAUCGGGCUCUGCGGGCCCGGCAGCAGCAGGCGAGCCCGACCAGGAUGGCGGAGAACGGGCUGGGAUGGCGGGAGAAGGUGCUGAACCUGGAGUCCAUGAACCCCUGCAUCAAGAAGGUGGAGUACGCCGUGCGGGGCCCCAUCGUCACCCGGGCCGUCCAGCUGGAGAAGGAGCUCAAGGAGGGAGCGAAGAAACCCUUCACAGAGGUGAUCAGAGCCAACAUCGGCGAUGCCCACGCCAUGGGGCAGAAGCCAAUCACUUUCCUGCGCCAGGUCUGUGCCCUCUGUAUGUACCCGGAGCUUUUGAACGACCCCAACUUCCCCAAGGAUGCCAAGGAGAAAGCCUGCAAGCUGCUGGAAGCCUGUGGGGGGCACAGCAUUGGUGCCUACAGCGCUAGCCCUGGGAUCGAUUGCAUCCGCCGACACAUCGCCGACUUCAUUGAGAGAAGAGAUGGGGGCAUUCCAUCCAACCCAGACAACAUCUUCCUUUCCACAGGCGCCAGUGAUGGCAUCGUGACGAUCCUGAAGCUGCUGGUGUCGGGGGAGGGGCGCUCCUGCACGGGGGUGGCCAUCCCGAUCCCCCAGUACCCCCUGUACUCGGCCGCCCUGGCGGAACUGAACGCCGUGCAGAUCAACUACUACCUGGACGAGGAGAACUGCUGGGCGCUGAACGUGGAGGAGCUGCGGAGAGCUGUGGGCGAAGCCCGGCGGCACUGCAGGCCGCGUGCCCUGUGCAUCAUCAACCCGGGGAACCCGACCGGGCAGGUUCAGAGCCGCAAAUGCAUUGAAGAUGUCAUCCACUUUGCCUGGGAGGAGCAGCUCUUCCUCCUGGCUGAUGAGGUCUACCAGGACAACAUUUACGCCAAGGGCUCCCAGUUCCACUCCUUCAAGAAGGUCCUCUUUGAGAUGGGGCCCAAGUACUCGGGGACGGUGGAGCUGGCCUCCUUCUACUCCAUCUCCAAGGGCUUCAUGGGCGAGUGUGGUUUCCGGGGAGGUUACAUGGAAGUGAUUAACAUGGACCCAGGCGUUCAGCAGCAGCUAUCCAAGCUGGUCUCGGUGCGUUUGUGCCCACCGGUUACUGGGCAGAUCGUCCUGGAUGCGGUGGUGAACCGGCCCGAGCCUGGAGAUCCUUCCUACCCACAGUUCAAGCAGGAGAAGCAGGCUGUGCUGGACGCCCUUGCUGAGAAGGCACGGCUCACAGAGGAGACCCUGAAUCGAGCCCCAGGAUUCCGCUGCAAUCCGGUGCAGGGGGCCAUGUACGCCUUCCCCCGGAUCCAGUUACCUCCUCGGGCUGUGGAAGCAGCGAAGGCACAAGGCAAGGCCCCGGACAUGUUUUUCUGCCUCCAGCUGCUGGAAGAGACGGGCAUCUGCGUUGUGCCAGGGAGCGGCUUUGGGCAGAAGGAGGGCACCUUUCACUUCAGAAUGACCAUUUUGCCGCCCCUGGAGAAGCUCAAGAUCCUGCUGCAGAAGCUGACCCAGUUCCACGCCAAGUUCCUCCGGGAAUACUCCUAACCUGCACCGGGGUGGUGGUGGUGGGAAAGGGCACUCCCGCCUCCAAGUUCACCUUCCAGCGGCCCUCAGAUCCCACCAUUGUCACACUCUGCAAGGCCCGCUCCCCUCCGAGCAAUAAAAGAUCACGGC